UUCAUUUCCACGCUCUCACAUUCUCUGUUCCAUUUGACGUCUUCGUAUACGUCUGUGGCAGCCCCCGCUCUCUUUCUCCCAGUUUAUCUCUCAGUCUUGCAGUGUAAUAUUUCUUUUCUUAGGCCGGAAAAAUGAGGGAGUGCAUUUCAAUCCACAUUGGGCAGGCUGGAAUCCAAGUUGGGAAUGCUUGUUGGGAGCUUUACUGCCUUGAACAUGGCAUUCAGCCUGAUGGACAGAUGCCCAGUGACAAAACAGUCGGUGGUGGAGACGACGCCUUCAACACAUUUUUCAGCGAAACCGGAGCCGGAAAGCAUGUCCCUCGGGCUGUUUUCCUUGACUUGGAGCCCACUGUCAUCGACGAGGUGAGGACCGGGACUUACCGCCAACUCUUCCACCCGGAGCAACUCAUCAGCGGCAAAGAAGACGCUGCCAACAACUUUGCCAGAGGCCAUUAUACAAUUGGGAAAGAGAUCGUAGAUCUGUGUCUUGACCGGAUCAGAAAGCUUGCUGACAACUGCACUGGGCUUCAAGGGUUUCUUGUCUUCCAUGCUGUUGGUGGUGGGACUGGCUCGGGUCUCGGAUCUCUGCUUCUGGAGCGGCUUUCUGUGGACUAUGGGAAGAAAUCGAAACUGGGUUUCACUGUUUACCCUUCCCCUCAGGUGUCCACCAGCGUUGUGGAGCCUUACAAUAGUGUUUUGUCGACUCAUUCCCUCUUGGAGCACACUGAUGUUGCAGUGCUCCUAGACAAUGAGGCCAUCUAUGACAUCUGCCGCAGAUCGCUGGACAUUGAGAGACCAACUUACACCAAUCUCAACAGGCUUGUUUCUCAGGUGAUUUCCUCUCUGACUGCAUCUCUCCGCUUCGAUGGAGCCCUCAAUGUGGAUGUGACUGAGUUCCAGACAAAUUUAGUCCCAUACCCAAGAAUCCAUUUCAUGCUUUCUUCAUAUGCCCCAGUCAUAUCAGCCGAGAAGGCCUACCAUGAGCAGCUUUCAGUUGCAGAGAUCACCAACAGUGCGUUUGAGCCAUCUUCCAUGAUGGCUAAAUGUGACCCUCGCCAUGGAAAAUACAUGGCUUGCUGUUUGAUGUACAGGGGUGAUGUGGUGCCCAAGGAUGUGAAUGCAGCUGUGGCCACAAUCAAGACAAAGAGGACCAUCCAGUUUGUGGACUGGUGCCCUACUGGGUUCAAGUGUGGAAUCAACUACCAGCCUCCCACAGUGGUUCCUGGGGGAGACUUGGCCAAGGUUCAGAGGGCAGUCUGCAUGAUAUCAAACUCCACCAGCGUUGCUGAGGUGUUUUCAAGGAUUGAUCACAAGUUUGAUUUGAUGUAUGCCAAGCGUGCUUUUGUGCACUGGUAUGUUGGCGAGGGUAUGGAGGAAGGGGAGUUUUCAGAGGCUAGGGAGGACCUGGCUGCUUUAGAAAAGGAUUAUGAGGAGGUUGGGGCAGAAUCUGCAGAAGGCGAAGAGGAUGAGGGUGAUGAGUACUAGAUGGUGUUAGCCUCUUCUGUUCUGAAGUUGAAAGUCAAUGGUCUCAUUGGUCUGCAAUGGAGGGAUUCAUUAGGGUUUACAAUUGUAGCUUAGUGCUUGUUGCUUUCUUGGCUUAUUCUGUUCUAGGUCCAAAUUAAUUCUAGUGAAUGAAAACUCGGUUUCAAUCUUC